CAUCAACAGCGUCCCGGCGCCAACUCCAUCAACGCAACAUCCUAUCCUCUUGCUUUCUCGUCUCUCCUUGAGCCCGGAAAACAGUCCAUGCGCAUUGCAUUCCAGAUCAUUGAGAGCGACUGUCUACGCUAGCUAGGAAGCCUGCUCGGGUGCCACCCCAAACAGCUCCGGUCCCUUCCACCAGCUUCUCUUUUCCACUCACAAUCACACUUCGCUGCUAGGAGAGGAGAGUCUGUCACGCUUAUCACAACUCGCGCCCGAGUUCUCUCUUUACCAUGGUCGGCCUCACGUCCGCAGCCGGCGUCGUCGGCUUCCUUUCCGAACCGGAUCCCGCCCUGCAGUCCUUUGCGCUGCACCGGUUAAACGAGGAGAUUGAUCUCCUAUGGCCUGAAGUUGCGGGAUCAGUCAGUCAAAUUGAGGCUCUGUAUGAAGAUGAGUCGUUUCCCGAACGAGAACUGGCCGCGCUUGUGGCGGCAAAGAUCUACUACCAGCUGCAAGAGUAUAACGAGAGUAUGGUCUUUGCAUUAGGCGCCGGGAAGCUCUUCGAUAUCAAUAAUGACGGGGAGUUCGAGGAGACGAUAUUGGCAAAAUGCCUCGACACAUACAUCGCCCUCUCCGCAAUGCACAACCCUCCUACACCUAUCAGCAAGGCCAACCAACCCCCUUCGCAACUGCAGACCUCAUUUCCUACGAACACCACCGGCGGCGCUAGCAAAUCGGCCGGGCUGACAUCACCGAUCACUCCCUUCUCUCAGUCCGCUCUGCCUUCCAAAUCUCUCCUCUCACGACAGGACUCAGACACGUGGGAGCCUGCCGUGGCAGGUGGCGGUAACGCCGGAGUAGCUGGAGCACAUCCCGCACCUCUGGUCCUGCAGCGGAGCGUGCAGAAGAACCUCCAGGCUAUCAUACGGCGCAUCUUUGAGAGCUGUUACGAGAAUGGCGAUUUCAAGCAGGUUGUGGGCAUUGCCAUCGAAGCUCGUAAUCUGGAUGUGCUCCGGGAGACCUUCCUGCGCGCCAGCCAGACCGAUAAGAAACAAGGCAAGAAGCCUGCAACCGGCGCAACAACGAGGAGCGAGGAGCUGAUGGAGUAUGUCCUUGAUAUUUGCAUGAACAUUGUGCAGGAGAGGGGUCUACGGAAUGAGAUUCUUCGUCUCAUUCUCGAUCUGCUCAAUGACAUCCCUAACCCGGACUAUUUCUCCAUCGCCAAAUGCGUGGUGUACCUGGAUCAGCAUUCCAUGGCUUCCAGCCUCAUCCGUCAGCUCGUGCAGCAAGGCGAUGCCAAGUCACUCGCUACAGCUUAUCAAAUUGCCUUCGACCUCUACGAAAACAGCACCCAGGAAUUCCUGGCCAAGGUUAUGGAAGAGCUACCGCAUACCGAGGAAAAGAAGGAAGGGCAGAGUGCUGCAAACGGCGAUGCAUCUCACAGACCUCUUUCUGAAGAGCCCAAGGAAUCGGACCGGUUGCUGUCCGAUGUGGAUACGAGUAACGAGGCUCGCACAUCCACCGUCGUCUCCCGUACCAAACAGCCGACUGAGGAGGAGCUCAAGGUCUACAGCUCCGUCCGAGAAGUCCUUAAAGGCACAAAGAGCAUUACGCUCAACCUGGAAUUCCUGUACAGGAAUAACCGUGCCGACAAGCAGAUUCUCAACAAGAUCCGUGACAGCCUGGAAGCGAGAAAUAGCAUAUUCCAUACCGCGGUCACUUUUGCCAAUGGCUUCAUGAAUGCGGGUACGACGAACGACACCUUCUUCCGGGAGAAUCUGGACUGGCUCGGCAAAGCGGUCAACUGGUCCAAGUUCACGGCGACUGCAGCACUGGGUGUGAUUCACAAAGGGAACCUCACUCAGGGAAUGAAGUUGCUCAACCCAUACUUGCCCAAGGAUUCGGUUUCCUCAACUUCACACUAUGAGCAAGGAGGAUCACUCUAUGCCCUGGGGUUGAUUUAUUCGAACCACGGAACCGACGUGCUUGAUUACCUUCUCAAGCAGUUCCAGGGGGCUUCCGAAGAGGUUAUCCAGCAUGGUGGUGCUCUUGGUCUGGGUCUUGCAGGCAUGGCCACUGGUUCUGAGGAGAUUUUCGAAGCUUUCAAGAACGUCUUGUACUCUGAUUCAGCCAUCAACGGCGAGGCUGUGGGUCUGUCUAUGGGUCUGGUCAUGCUUGGCACCGGUAACAUCAAGGCCAUUCAAGAUAUGAUCCAAUAUGCCCAUGACACUCAGCACGAGAAGAUUGUCCGCGGACUUGCCAUGGGUGUUGCGCUCAUCAUGUACGGCAGACAAGAGGCUGCUGACGUUCUUAUCGACAAGUUGCUGGAGGAGGCCGAUCCCACUCUUCGGUACGGAGGCAUCAUGACAAUUGCCCUUGCUUUCUGCGGUACAGGCAGCAACAAGGCAGUCCGCAAGUUGUUGCACGUCGCUGUCAGCGAUGUGAGUGAUGACGUCCGCAGGGUAGCUGUCAUGAGUUUGGGCUUCAUUCUCUUCAGGAAACCUGGUAGCGUACCUCGGAUGGUCGAGCUUCUUUCAGAGUCUUAUAACCCCCACGUCCGGUACGGCGCAACCAUGGCCCUUGGAAUUGCUUGUGCAGGCACCGGUCUGCCUGAGGCCAUUGACCUGCUCGAGCCCAUGAUGAAGGAUUCGACCGACUUUGUACGACAGGGUGCUCUCAUUUCUCUGGCCAUGAUCAUGGUGCAGCAGAAUGAGGCUAUGAAUCCCAAGGUUGUCAACAUCCGUAAGACCCUGACAAAGGUCAUUGGCGACCGCCACGAAGAUGCAAUGGCCAAGUUUGGCUGCGCUCUCGCUCAUGGCAUCAUUGAUGCUGGUGGUCGGAACUGCACUAUCGGUCUCCAGACACAGACCGGUAACCUCAACAUGGCUGCGAUCGUUGGCAUGGCUGUUUUUACACAAUACUGGUACUGGUUCCCCCUGACGCAUUUCCUGGCGCUCAGCUUCACGCCCACGGCGAUCAUCGCUGUGGAUCAAGAUCUCGAGGUUCCUUCCUUCAAAUUCCACAGCAACACAAGGCCAAGCAUGUUUGACUACCCGCCCGAGCAGGAGGUCAAGACCGAAGAGGCGCCGGAGAAGGUCAAGACGGCGGUUCUCUCAACAACAGCUCAAGAUAAGCGCCGUAAGGCUGUGAAGGCACGGCAACGGCGGAGAGAGAGCAUGGAGGUCGAUCAGACACCUACUACCCCGAAGGUCUCUGAAGAGGAUAAGAUGGAGGUCGACGACGAACCCAAGAAGGGCGAGAAGGCGGAAGGUGAAGAAGGCAAGGAGGGAACACCGGCAGUGGAGACUUCGAAGAAGAAGGUGGAGAAGGAGAAGGUUGGCUAUGAUUUGGAGAACAUGUCACGAGUUCUUCCGGCGCAGGUCAAGUAUAUCAGUUUCCCGGAAGAGCGAUACGUUCCCAUCAAGAAGCCAACGGGAGGCGUAAUCGUUGUCCUUGACACAAGGCCAUCCGAGCCCAAGAACCUGCUCGAAUUGAAGAUCAAGAAAGCUCCUGCCCCGACAGCACCAGGGGCAGCAGGCCCAUCUGGCGAGGAAGCACCUCAAACUCCGGCGGCGGCGGCGGCUCGCCUUAGUGAGAAUUUUGCGGACGAAGGCAGCGACGAGGCUGCGGUGCCUGAUGAGUUCGACUACCAAACGGAUGCCGAGGAGGAGUAGAAUGACUUCAACGAGCUGAAGUACUCCGGUUGUCGACGAUGAUUCGGCGUAUUGUAUCAUCAACGUUUGGUCUGGACUGGCUCGGGAGGAGCAAUCAACUUUGCAUCAAUCCUGGCGCAGAGGGAGGAGGUCGGCAAGAGGUCGCUUAGACUUGUGAAGCAAUGUAUCAUAACACUUGCACGGUUGCGGUCGUAUGUACACCUAUUGCUCGUAACUUUUAGUUGAAGUCGGUCGGAGAAUUGGAGGGUUGAAUUCUUGUGAUGCAGUUACCCAGGUAUACCACUGCUCCGUAGUGGUUGGGCGGAAGUCCUGUAGAGCUACCAAAGCUGAC